UUCCCAGGGAGCACCGGCAACACGUGACCGCCCUCCAAGCUGCGAGCGGAAAAUUUACAACGCGUCCCGUCAAAAACAGAAAAAAAAAGGGCAAACGUACCGAGGGAGUCGCGACAUCGUUUGUUUUGAGUUAUUAUUUCUCCCCUCCCCCCUCCCGGGUGUAGGGAUGUGAAGUUGAGUGGUGGACGUGGUUCCAGUCGCUGGUGUAAAAAGGCGGGGGCAGGGAGGAGCGGGAGGCGAUGUUGUCUCCAGGGCCUCAAGGAGGAUGUUCAUGACGAGCUUCUGUUGCUACAUCUUCCUUUAGUCAGUGUCCCCUCUGCACCAUGGCGAAUGAUUACCUGUUCAAGGUGCUGGUUAUUGGGGACUGCACGGUGGGCAAAACCUCCCUGGUGCAGCGAUACGCCAACGACAGCUUCAGUAAGAACUACAAAUCCACGGUGGGAGUGGACUUUGCUUUGAAGAUUAUACAGUGGUCUGACUCGGAAACUGUUCGACUCCAGCUUUGGGAUAUUGCUGGCCAAGAACGCUUCACCUCCAUGACCAGACUAUAUUACAGAGAUGCAGGAGCAUGCAUUGUUAUGUUUGAUGUGACAAAUACAGCAACCUUCCGGAAUUGCCUCAAAUGGAAGCAUGAUUUGGAUAGCAAAGUUGCUUUGGUGGAUGGAAGCCCUGUGCCGUGUAUUCUUUUGGCAAACAAGUGUGACCUAUCAGACUGGGCAAUCAGCAGAAGUGAGAUUGAUCUGUUCAGUAAAGAAAACCAUUUUGUUGGUUGGAUUGAAACGUCAGUGAAAGAAAACAAGAAUGUUGCUCAAGCCAUGAGAGUAUUAGUGGAGCAUUUGAUGUCAAAGCCUAAUUUGGGACCUCCCAAUCAAAACCAAGGGGAUUACAUUCAAUUAAAAGAUAUGCCAAAAAGUGAACGUCAUUGGAAUUCAGCAUGCUGUUGAAAAAUCAUAAUGCACUACUGUGGACUUUGUAUGAUCUGUCUUCUAAUGCAUUUAAGUUAACUAGUUUUUACCAGACAAAUUCUGGAGGAGUCAUUGCACUAUUGUGGUUCUCAUUCAUGUAAGUUUAAUACCUACAUUUUUUUGAAUAUUAAAUGAACAGAUUUUUUUAUCAGAAGCUUUUAAAUUGGUUAGUGCCCUAAUUCUACACUAAACGAGUUCUUCCUUUAUGUAGGAAUAAAAAUACAACUGGUUAGUUCACUUCCAAUAGAAAUUGUUAAAGGUAUGGACUAUUGCAAACUUGGCUUAAAUAGUGUACGGUUGACAUUUGAUAUUAAUGUGCAAACUCGUCUUUAUGAUCAAAGGUCUCUAAGAGGGAAAAGUAUGAACUGUGCAAGAUUUGUGUUUUGGUGAUGAACUGUUCGUGUCACAAAUGUUUACUUGUGCCAAUGCUUCUGUUCCCUAUUUUUUGAUUUGUUCAGUAUUACAAUCUGCAUAAUUCCUUUGCUGUUGUAUGGGGUAUCCUGUAAUGACAUGCUUUGCAUUAAAAGUAAUAUAUCAGAA